AUGGCGACCCAAACCUUGGACAAGGAGAGCCUCAGCAAUCGCUCUUUCAUCCUCAACAAGCCGCUUGACGUCUCCUAUGUCGAGCAGCCCAAGCCCACCAUCCAGGACCCCCACGACGUGCUCGUCGCCGUCAACUACACAGGCAUCUGUGGCAGUGACGUGCACUACUACGUGCACGGGGCCAUCGGGCACUACGUCGUCACGCAGCCCAUGGUUCUCGGCCACGAGUCCUCCGGCACCGUCGUCGAGGUCGGCCCCGCCGUCACCACCCUCGCGCCCGGUGACCGUGUCGCCCUCGAGCCCGGCCACGGCUGCCGGCGGUGCGCGCACUGCCGCGCCGGCAAGUACAACCUGUGCGCCUCCAUGGUCUUCGCCGCGACCGUCGUCGUCAUGGGCGCCGGGCCGGUCGGCCUGCUCUGCGCGGCGGUCGCGCGGGCGCACGGCGCGACCACGGUGGUCAGCGUCGACAUCGUCCAGGCCAAGCUGGACUUGGCGGCCGCGUUCUGCGCGACGCACACGUACGCGUCGCGCAGGGUGUCCGCGGAGGAGAACGCGGCGGCGCUGAAGCAGGUGGCGGGACUGGGCGAGGAGGGCGCGGACGUGGUGAUUGACGCGAGCGGCGCGGAGCCGUCGAUCCAGACGAGCAUCCACGCGGUGCGCGCGGGCGGCACGUACGUCCAGGGCGGCAUGGGCAAGGCGGACAUCACGUUCCCUAUCAUGGCCAUGUGCCUGAAGGAGGUCACGGUCAAGGGGUCCUUCCGGUACGGACCCGGCGACUACGAGCUGGCGGUCGAGCUAGUGGCGAGCGGAAAGGUGGACGUCAAGAAGCUGGUGUCGGAGGAGGUGGAUUUCGACCAGGCAGAGGAGGCAUUCAAAAAGGUGAGGGAGGGCCAGGUGAUCAAGGUUCUGAUUGGCGGACCCAACCAGUAA